UCAUAUAAUUUAUAUUUUUCAAGUUUCGACUAUUUUUGAAAAAAUGUCUGAAAGUCAUAUAUUCAUUGGAAAACCGAGUCCUUCUCCACUUAAAAUAGAUAAUCUUUCUAAAAGGAAUUCGUCCUUUGAAGAAAAACCUCAGUGUCAAACAAAACAUAAUGAAUUACAUACUGAAAAUGCUACAAAAAAUUUGCCAGAUAAACAUAAAAAUCAAUCACUUUCUGAAGGAGAAAUGAAUACGCCAGAUAGAACAUUAUUUACACCGAAUUCUCAGAGAUCCAAUCAUAAUCUCUUAUUAUCUUUUAAUUCGCCGGCAGUAUCUUUUGCUACAUCUAGUAUGAAGUUACCACCUCUUCCACCAUCUACUCCAACAGAAACACAAAAACUUUUAUUAGAUAUGAGUCCGGAACCUGUAUUUGUAACACCAAGGAGUAUUCCUAAGUAUACAUUACAUGAUCUUGAAAAAGAAAGAUCAAAGUUACGUGCAGAAAUAGUAAAUUUGGAAUCUCGAUUGCAAGGCCGUGAAGCAGAAAUUAAUGAGCUUCGUACACAUGUUGCAAAAAUUGAAGACAUUGUUUCUAUAAUGGAACGUGAAAAAAAUGAUCUUGUUAUUUCAUGGGAAAAGGAAAGACUUCAAUUAGAAUCAAAAAUUUUGUCAUCUUUAUCUACAGAUUCAAAAACUAUAUCACCGAUUAUUGAUCAAUCAGUUUUAACAGAAUUAGAAAGUAAACAUCAAGAGCAAUUAAGUAUUUUAGCAAAUGACUUGCAUCGUCAAUAUUCUCAGAAACACCAUCAAAAAGUUCAAGCACUUAAAACCAGUUAUGAAAAAAAAUAUGAAGCCAAAAUCAAUUCCCUUCAAGAAAAACUAGAAGAAAUGAGUCGAAUGUUAGAAAAUGAGCAGAAGGAAAAAAUGGAAAUUAUUUCAAUGAGUGAAGAAUUGAUGAAAGUAAUGGAAGAACGAGAAGAAAAAGAGCAAAAAAAAUAAUUGCAUGAGAUUAUUACCAUUAUUUUUUAUAUUUUAUUAAAAAUAU